CCAAAGCACCUGACCGCAACGGGAGGGCGCGUAACCGAGAUGUUCACCUCCUCUUCCUCCUCUGGAGUCUCACGGCCAUGAGGCCCAUGACACUCUCCUUCACGCUUCUGAUGGCCUUAACACUCAAAGCCAGUAAUGGCUUCGUAUCUCGCAUCAGAGCCCUAUUCAAACUGCAGAGAUUUAGCCACGCAAUAGUCGACGGAGGACUACAACCUCAAUUCCACCGAGAUAUGGGUUCGGAUUCGAACUCAAUCCCAGAACAAUGUCAAAUUGACAUGUCGAAAUGGAAAAAAUUGGACUCAAGGACCUUCGGUAUAACGCGGUCGAUGAUUUCAUCGCCCUCAUGGGUUGUCUUGAGACUUCUUCAGCGUGAAGGAUUUGAAGCCUACCUGGUAGGUGGGUGUGUGAGAGACUUAAUCCUGAAUAAAACACCUAAAGAUUUUGAUGUGAUCACCACAGCUAAACUUAAACAGAUCAAGAAGAGAUUUCGCCGUGCUCAGAUUGUUGGACGGCGGUUUCCUAUAUGCAGAGUGCAUGUUAAAGGUUCUGUAAUUGAGGUAUCCAGCUUUGAAACAGUGGCAACGCAUGGUGAAGAAAAAGAAAAAGUUAGUUUCUCCCAAAUGCCAAGUGGUUGUGAUGAAAGUGACUUCAAUCGCUGGAGGAACUGUAUGCAUCGAGAUUUCACAAUUAACAGUUUAUUCUUUGAUCCUUUUGUGAAUAAAAUCUAUGAUUACGCUAAUGGAAUGAAGGAUUUGAGGUCCUUAAAGCUACGGACAUUAAUCCCCGCACAGUUGUCAUUCAAAGAGGACUGCGCUAGAAUGUUGCGGGGUUUAAGAAUUGCAGCUCGUCUAGGCCUGUCAUUUUCAAGGGAAACUGAGACUGCAAUACGAAGCCUUGCUUCAUCUGUUAAGAGUUUGGACAAGUCCAGGAUAAUGUUGGAGUUAAACUAUAUGCUGUCUUAUGGAUCCGCUAAGCCUUCUCUCUGUUUACUUUGGAGAUUCAACCUGCUUGACAUUCUGCUUCCAUUUCAUGGAGCAUACCUUGCUCAACAGGCCACUGAACCAUCUGCACAGCAUUCCAUGAUGUUUAUGAAAUUAUUCUUCAAUUUGGAUAAAUUGGUUACUUGUGAUCGACCUUGUGAUUGCAGUCUAUGGGUUGGACUGUUGGCAUUUCACAUGGCAUUAGUAAACAAACCCCAAGAUGCUUCUGUAGUUUGGACUUUAUCUUCUGUUCUAUAUCAUGGGAAGUGGACAGAAGGUGUUAAAUUUGCAAGAAAACAUGCUCUAGCACCAAUUAGUUUCUCACCUGAGAUUUUAGUGGAAUGUGAUUCUAAAUCAGAUGAAGAACUAGCAGAAAGAGUUUCUGAGUUGGCAUCACUUGUGCAAGAUUGUGCAAUUUCUUCGACUAAAACGGGUGACCUUUCUGCAUCAAUGUCCGACUACCCUGACUACCCAUGCACUGGUUUGGUAUUUGUACAGAAGAGGAUGGCAGAACGUGUUGCUCAUAUUUUUAAUGUGCUGGUGAAUGGUAUUGAAUCUUAUAAGGAGGGAAGGGAGAGUCCUGAGAUUGACUAUUACUUGCUUGGAAAGGGAGAUCUGAGAGAGACUAGAUUUGUUCUUGGCAAAGUUAUUAUGGACACAAUGAGCAGUGGGCUUGUCCAGAUGGGAACAGAGGUUCUUGAGGAGAAAAAUCAGCUGUACAUGUCUUAUAAUGAACAGAAGCCAGAGGCACUCGAAGAGGAUUGCCAUCCCAUUCUUUAUGAGGUGGUAAAACAUCUGGUGGUUGCUAAGGAGGAUAAAAAACGCAGUCUAUCAUCAUUUAAUCCUGAACUACAGCAAGAGAGGGGAAAGAAGCAGAAGUUGGUUGACAUAGAGUUUGAUCCUUUAGAGCAGGAGAUUGCUAAGGAGAAGCAGAAAGAAAAGAAUAACAAACACCAGGAGAUAGCAAAAAAGCAGGAGAUGGCUGAGAAUGAGCAGCACCAGGAAAUGGCCAAGAAGCAUUUGAAAAUGGUAGGGAAGGAGAAUCUCCAAAAAUCAGCUAAAAGGCAGGAUAAAGUAGCUAAGAACAGUCAUUUACCACAACAGAAGUUGGCCAGAAAGCAAAAUGAGCAGCACAAGCUAGAAGAAGCAGUUAAUCAGAAACCUAGUCGACCGUCAUUAUCCAGUCUCUUCAAGUGAAUGUAUCUUUCUGCUGUAAAUUACUAUCCAGUUACUUGGUUAGCAUCACAGUGAAACUGACCUUUGACAAUCACAGGUCUACCACAAAGGGGCAUGUCAUCUUCCCCACUUCAUCUCUCAAUUACUGUGAACAUUCUGCCCAUUCUGAUGGUUCCAUCACAUGGAAAGUUCCGGGUAAUAAUAGUAGUAGUCUUCAGUUCAAAGGCCAUAGCAGAUUGAAAUAAAUAGAUUUGUGGUUAUGUUUUGGAAAGUCUGUUAGUGAAUGUCAGAUAUGACAGAGCCCGUCAAAUGCUAAAUACUGAUUCUAAAAUUCCCUUCAGAUUGGAGGCUUCAGCAUUGCA